AUGGCAAUGGCAAAGGAAUAUGAUGGCACAUCAGUGUGCGGCGGCAUCAAAGAGCAGGUAUCAGUAAGGAGCUGCAAAAGGGACUUUAACUCCCUUGUCAUCCUUGGCACUUGGACAUUAUGGAAUCAUCAUAAUAUUUGUGUCUUUGAUGGGUCCCUCUCUGCUUGGCUAGAGCUUCGCCAGCGAAGAGCUGCAGUUUUGGAGUUUGGCCAGGGCUUGAAGUAUUUCUUACCUCAUGGCCCUUCUGCCAGAGUAGUGCGAUGUUUUGGUCAGGGCUAUUUAUGUUUUCCUCCCGGCGUGUGUGAGGGCUCUUCCCAUUGUUUCUCCUCAAGAUAA